UACGCAUGGGCAUCGCGAUGUGCGUGUAUUCUCAAACGCAUGAUUCCACGAGUGGUAGCGCCAAUAAGCAAGCACAUUGUCACAUGGAGCGCUUGCCAGCUUGUCUGUCUGUCCAGCCCCCUUGUCAAACCGGCUCAUGACUCUGUCUUGCACCAAAACAAAAGCUAUGAUUGUAUUCAAUUUCAACAUCGGGAGUUGCUUCAGACUUUUGAGCUAACAUAUAGCCCACUUUUAUACUGCCCGGCGCUGCUGCUUAUAUGCAUAUAUAUUCUCAUCCCUUGCCUCAUUCCAAGCGCUUUGCUUUGGUAGGUCUGCUCGCUCAGCGCGCGUACCAGCUUGUCUCUUCUUCCUCGUCGCCUUAAAAGGGCCUCUGCGCUUUGCAGUGCGCUUUUCACUUCAGACUGAGCUUCACCUCUCAGAGACUUCGGAGAGAUAGAGAGAGAGAGAGAGAGAGAGAGAGAGAGAGAGAAGCCGUGGUGAGUGAGAUAGAGAGAGGAGAGGAUGGGGAGGAAGCUAGGGCUGGAGAGGGUGCUGGACUGCUUCUCGCUCUCGGUGUGCGCCAACGCUUGCGUCUGCGUGCACGCGGUGGAGGACGAGAACGAGGAGAGCGAGGGGAAGGCCCUGGUGAGCGCUCAGCUGGACGAGCUGCUCAAGCUCAAGGACUUCGGCGGUGGGGCUAAGACUCUCGCUUUCCAUCUGGAGCCAAAGACGGUGGAGCUGAGGGUGUCCAUGCACUGCUACGGGUGCGCCAGGAAAGUUCAGAAGCACAUCUCCAAGAUGGAAGGUGUGUCGUCGUUUGAGGUGGAUUUGGAGAACAAGAAGGUGGUCGUGACGGGGGACGUGACGCCCUACGAGGUGCUGCAGAGCGUCUCCAAGGUGAUGAAGUUUGCGGAGCUGUUGGUGGCCCCCAAGUCCCCGGCUCCGAGUAGAUAGUUGAUGAUGAUAAGCUGAUAGGGUGGGUGUGACACAUUUCACUCAUAAAAUCAAAUAUAUGUGCUGUGAUUCUCACGCAAGGCACGCAUACGUAGCAGCACACGCAACCAUGGCAAGGAAGAAACUAUGGGAAGAUUGUAACUAGGAGACCAAGGAAGAAGAGGGUGGUUGGGUCUAAUUGGUUGAUCUAUCUACUCAAAAGAAAAAAGAAAAAUAGCCCGUCCAUACGUGCAGCAUGCUUUAGCGGUUCUGUUUAGGGCCACUACGUACGUACGUGUGGUGUUGGUAUAAAUUGAUCAAGUAUGAAGGUAUCUCUUGACGCUUGUA